AUGGGGUCCUUGAAGUCUCAUGAGCAAAGAACGCUAGGACGCAAUGAGGAAGCUGUUGAAAGUGCUUUCCAGUCAAAACUCACCUUCAAAUCACCAAAGUUUAUCAAGAAAGGCAGAGUUAAUCCAAGGGAUGAUCAUCGGAUUGGAGACAAAAAAUGGAAGAAAGCGGAGUCCAGCAGCAGAAACAAUGACAAAGGGUAUGAAAACAUAUUUGUUGAUCUGGAUACCUCAGUCACUCUGAAGAUAAAGCUCAGCAAUGGUGCUAUUCCAAAACUUAGUGUUGGACAGCUGCAGGAGAAUGGUUAUCGUCUUAUUUUUGAUGAUGACUACUGCACUAUUUAUGAUAAGAAGGCAAAGAUGGUGAUUGCAAAUGUCAGAAUGGAGAAAAACGGAAACUUUCCACUUAUAUUUCAUUAUGAUGGCAUGAAGGCAUUCAAGGCAGAUGUUGUUGAAGACACUUGGCUAUGGCACAAGAGAUUUUGUCAUCUAAAUCUCCAAGGUUUGAAGCUUCUUCAACAGAAUAGCAUGGUGAAUGGACUGCCAAAAAUUGAAGCAACAUCAGAUUCAUGUGAAGGAUGUAUCAUGGGCAAGCAACAUCGACUUCCAUUUCCAAAACAAAGUUCGGGGAGAGCAAAGGCACCGCUAGAGCUUGUGCAUACUGAUAUAUGUGGCAGAAUGCCAACUCCCUCCUUGAAUCAAUUCAGUGACAAAGGAGGUGAAUAUACCUCUCAUGAAUUUGAAGAUUUUUGCAAAGAUGAAGGCAUUUGGAAGCAGUUGACAGUAGGCUACAGCCCCCAACAAAAUGGAAUCGCAGAGAGGAAAAAUCGCACAAUUGUGGAGAUAGCAACUUCAAUGAUGAAUGAGAAGAGUUUACCGAAAGACUUUUGGGCAGAAGUUGUGCAUACGGCUGUUUACAUUCUCAACAUAUGUCCAACCAAAGCAGUAAAGAAUAUGACUCCAUUUGAAGCCUGGAGCGGAUUCAAACAAUCUGUAAGUCAUUUUAAAAUCUUUGGCUGCAUUUGUUAUGCUCAUAUCCCUGCUGAAAAGACAAGUAAGUUUGAUGAAAAAAGCCAAAAAUGCAUCUUUGUUGGGUAUAGUACUAGCUCAAAAGGAUAUCGACUUUUCAAUGUUGAAACUAAGAAGUUGAUUGUGAGCAGAGAUGUGGUUUUUAAUGACAAAGCUAGCUGGGAUUGGAAUGAAAAUAAAGUGCAGGAGUUGCCAUAUGCUACCGUUCAACAAGAAGAAAAUAUUCCAUUGGAGCAGCAUGAAGACGAUGUCAUUCCUCAGUCACCAACUACUCCAGCAAACAAUUCAAAUGCAAGUCCUUCUACUCCAGAGCACUCAUCACCAGAGAGUCCUAUUUUAAGGACCAGAAGACUCAGUGACCUAUAUGAGUCAUGCAACUUUUCUGGAAUAGAACCAGAAAGCUUUGAAGAAGUUCAAAAUGAAGGAGUUUGGGUGAAAGCAAUGGAGGAGGAGAUAAGUAGAGGUUUUCAAAAGAGUCCAAGUGAGCCUACACUCUAUGUGUACAAGAAAGCAGGUUCUAUUCUCAUUGUUUCUCUUUAUAUUGAUGAUAUGAUUUUUACUGGCAAUGAUGAGAAUGUGAUUCAGCAGUUCAAGAAAGAUAUGAUGAGUACUUAUGAGAUGAAUGACAUGGGCCUUCUACAUUAUUUUUUGGGGAUUGAAGUAUCUCAAUCGAAAGAUGAGAUUUUUAUUUCCCAAAAGAAAUAUGCAGAGAAUAUUAUCAAGAAGUUUAAUAUGCUCGGGUGCAAUUCUGUGGCUACUCCUUUGAUAGCAAAUGAAAAGUUGAAGAAGGAGGAUGGUGCAAAGAAGGCAGAUGCUACAAAGUACAGAAGUUUAAUUGGUGGUCUUUUGUAUCUAACGACUACUAGGCCUGACAUCAUGUUCGCUGCAAGUCUUCUCUCCAGAUAUAUGCAAGAGCCAAGUCAAAUUCAUUAUGGAGCUGCAAAAAGAGUGUUAAGAUACUUGCAGGACACUCUUGAUUAUGGAAUUCUAUACAAAGCAGCAGAAAAAUCAACUCUUGUUGGGUACACUGACAGUGAUUGGGCUGGAGCAUGUUCAUGGGCUUCAAAGAAACAAAGUGUUGUGGCUCAAUCCUCUGCUAAAGCAGAAUAUAUUGCAGCAGCAAAAGCAACAUCUCAAGCGAUAUGGCUUCAAAGAAUUCUUGAAGACAUUGGAGAGAAGCAAGAGAAAGGAACCACCUUGUACUGUGACAACAAAUCAGCCAUAGCCAUUGGAAAGAAUCCAGUCAAUCAUGAACGGAAAAAGCACAUUGCAACCAAGUAUCACUUCAUCAGAGAAGCAAUUGAAAAAGAAAUAGUGUAG